AUGUGGAAUCCCCUUCACGAAACCGACUCAACCUCUGUCGCCUGGCGCCGCCCGCGCUGGCUGUGUGCGGGGACCCUGGUGCUGGCCGCCUGCCUCUUCGUCCUCGGCUUCCUCUUCGGAUGGUUUAUAAAAUCCUCCAAUGAAGCUACUAACAUUCCCCAGCAUAAUGUGAAGAAAGCAUUUUGGGAUGAGCUGAAAGCAGAGAACAUCAAGAUGUUCUUGUAUAAUUUUACACGGAUACCACAUUUAGCUGGAACAGAACAAAACUUUCAGCUUGCAAAGCAAAUUCAAUCUCAGUGGAAAGAAUUUGGCCUGGAUUCUGUUGAGUUAGCCCAUUAUGAUGUCCUGUUGUCCUAUCCAAAUAAGACACAUCCCAACUACAUCUCAAUUAUUGAUGAGGAUGGAAAUGAGAUUUUCAACACAUCAUUAUUUGAACCACCUCCUCCAGGUUAUGAAAAUGUUUCUGAUGUUGUGCCACCUUUUAGUGCCUUUUCUCCACAAGGAAUGCCAGAGGGUGACCUAGUGUAUGUUAACUAUGCACGAACUGAAGACUUCUUUAAACUAGAACGGGACAUGAAAAUCAAUUGUUCUGGAAAGAUUCUGAUUGCCAGAUAUGGGAAAAUUUUCAGAGGAAAUAAGGUUAAAAAUGCCCAACUGGCAGGGGCCAGAGGGCUCAUUUUGUACUCAGACCCUGCUGAUUACUUUGCUCCUGGGGUGGAAUCCUAUCCAGAUAGUUGGAAUCUUCCUGGAGGUGGUGUUCAGCGUGGAAAUAUCUUAAAUCUUAAUGGUGCAGGGGACCCUCUAACACCUGGCUACCCAGCAAAUGAAUAUGCCUAUAGACGUGCAAUCACAGAGGCUGUUGGUCUUCCAAAUAUUCCUGUUCAUCCGAUUGGAUACUAUGAUGCGCAGAAGCUCCUGGAAAAAAUGGGUGGAUCAGCACCACCAGAUUACAGCUGGAGAGGAGGUCUCCAAGUGCCCUACAAUGUCGGACCUGGAUUUACUGGAAAUUUUUCUACCCAAAAAGUCAAGAUGCACAUCCAUUCCAACAAUGAAGUGAAAAGAAUUUACAAUGUGAUUGGAACUCUCAGAGGGGCAGCGGAGCCAGACAGAUAUGUCAUCCUUGGAGGUCACCGUGACUCGUGGGUAUUUGGUGGCAUUGACCCUCAGAGUGGAGCAGCUGUUGUUCAUGAAAUUGUCAGGAGUUUUGGAAAGUUGAAAAAAGAAGGAUGGAGGCCUAGAAGAACAAUUUUGUUUGCAAGCUGGGAUGCAGAAGAAUUUGGUCUUCUUGGUUCCACUGAGUGGGCAGAGGAGAAUUCCAGACUCCUUCAAGAGCGUGGUGUGGCCUAUAUUAAUGCUGAUUCUUCUAUAGAAGGAAACUACACGCUAAGAGUUGAUUGCACCCCACUUAUGUACAGCUUGAUAUACAACAUAACAAAGGAGCUCCAAAGUCCUGAUGAAGAUUUUGAAGGCAGAUCUCUUUUUGAGAGCUGGAAUGAAAAAAGUCCUUCACCGGAAUUCAGUGGCUUGCCUAGGAUUAGCAAAUUAGGAUCUGGUAAUGAUUUUGAAGUGUUCUUCCAAAGACUUGGAAUUGCUUCAGGCAGAGCACGGUAUACUAAAAAUUGGGCAACAAACAAAAUCAGCAGCUAUCCACUGUAUCACAGUGUCUAUGAAACAUAUGAAUUAGUGGAAAAGUUUUAUGAUCCAGCUUUUAAGUAUCACCUUGCUGUGGCCAAGGUUCGGGGAGGAAUCAUCUUUGAACUAGCCAAUUCCAUAGUGCUCCCUUUUGACUGUCGAGAUUAUGCUGUUGUCUUAAGAAAGUAUGCUGAUACUAUCUACAAUAUUUCAAUGAAACAUCCAGAAGAAAUGAAAACAUACAGUGUGUCAUUUGAUUCACUCUUUUCUGCAGUGAAGAAUUUUACAGAAAUUGCUUCUAACUUCAGUGAGAGACUCCAAGACUUGGACAAAAACAACCCAAUAUUAUUAAGAAUUAUGAAUGAUCAACUGAUGUUUUUAGAACGAGCAUUUAUUGAUCCUUUAGGAUUACCAGACAGGCCUUUCUAUAGGCAUGUCAUCUAUGCUCCAAGCAGCCACAACAAGUACAUGGGGGAGUCAUUCCCAGGGAUCUACGAUGCUCUGUUUGAUAUUGAAAGCAAAGUGGAUCCUUCCAAGGCCUGGGGAGAAGUGAAGAGACAGAUUUCUAUUGCGUCCUUCACAGUGCAGGCUGCAGCAGGGACUCUGAGAGAAGUAGCCUAAGAAGUUUCUUCAGAGAACACAUUGAAUCGAUCAAAUAAGAAAGAUGGAUGAUUUUUUAUAGAAAGUUAUUCUGAAGUUGAACUAAGUGUUGAAACUAAGAAGAGCCUACAAUUUUAAUACACUUAUGUGGCAUUAUCAGAGAAUCAUGUCUGAUUAAGGACUUCCGAAUCUACUCCUGUCAUUGCACACAUAGAAAGCAUCGGUUUGUUAUAGAACACACUGGAAAAUGCACAGGGCUGCUCCAAGCCAGAGGCCUUGGUCUGCCUGACCUCCCAGGGCUGAGAGAAUCACUAUAUUAUUUCACUAGCUGGGCAACUCUAGUUUAAACACAUUGGAGGUAAGUAUAGUCUCUCUAUAACAGAAAGGAUAAUUACUUUUUUAAAAUUAGCAAAUAUGUUGUGUAUACCAGAAGGUAUACAUAACAUAUAUGUACAGUGAUAAGUAAUUAAAAAAUGAGCAUUUGUAAACCCCCUGCAAUAACCAGAUUGAGAAAAGGAACAUUACCAGUAUCUUUGGGUCCCAUGUAUACUGCUGACCAUAUACCUUCCUCUUCUUCCAGAGAUUCUCACUUUCUUGAAUUUUAUGUUAAUCUUUCCUGUUAUUCAUAAUUUUACCAUACAUGGCUGUAUCCCUUUCAUAUUUUUGGCUUUGUGUAUUUUUAGAAUUUUUAUAAAUAAAA